UUAAACUGCAUUAUUUCUACCUUGUAGAUUUACCCAUAAUUCUGUUAUGAAGUCACAAAGAAGAGAGCAUUUCUGAGCUUUUGCAGGAUUCCCUCAACAUGGGAUAACCUCUAGGACACACAAAUAAAUCUAAGUCUGUACAGGCCUUUCAAAAAUUGAUAAAAUGACCCAAAGUUACCAGGAAAUGUGUUGAAAUGGGAAAUAUUACUACUGUACUUCCAAAGGUCUUGUGCUACUGUUGGCUAUUCUGGGGCCAAAGAACCCCAUCCCAAAUUUGGGAGUGGUGGAGAUGUGGAAGACGAUAAUGGGGUCCCCUCAAGGGGUCUAUGGGUUGCCAAUGGGUUGCCCCAACCCUUGGGCAUUUAUGUUGAGUUUCACAUACAUCCUUUGGAGGUGAUCUGAGUCCUCCUGGGCCCAGAUUUGAACUCAGGCCAUGUUCAUUCACCUGAGUCAAUCCCUUGCACAAACUCAAUGACCCAAUCAAUUUAAAAUCCAUCAUAGUGUCUAGAGAAAGAGGGGGGAAAAUAAUUAAAUUACCCAAAUGUGAAGCGUCCAUUGGCUGGGAAGCAGAGAAGAUUUAAGGACACGGAUGGAGACUUUGGCCCCGCAUAGGCAUAAUGCAUCGCUGGAGACCCAGAUUCCUCACUGUAUACUGAAAAGCCUCCAGGAUUUCUUGGAGCGAAGAAUUCCUCCAUUUCACAUCCCAGAAUCCGGAUGCUAUGGUUCCAGACAUACAUCCUUCGGUUCCAGAUGGCGGAUGGGGAUGGAUGGUGGUCCUUGCAGGAUUCAUGCAGACGGCGCUGGUUUUUGGGGUGAUCCGUUCUUUCGGGGUCUUCUUUGUGGAAUUUGUGGCUUAUUUCGGGGAAACCUCAAGCGCUGUCUCCUGGGUCAUUUCUGCCGGCGUCGCCAUCCUGCAGUUUGCAAGCCCCAUGGGAAGCGCCCUGAGCAGCCGCUAUGGUGCCCGUCCGGUGGUGAUGGCUGCAGGCUCACUUGCCAGCCUGGGCUUGCUGCUAGCAUCCUUCUCCACCAGCCUCACUCACCUGUAUUUGAGCAUUGGCCUAGUUGCAGGCCUAGGCUGGGCACUGGUGUUCACCCCUUCCAUGGCUGCGGUGGCACAUUACUUUGAGAAACGACGGACCCUUGCGACUGGUUUGGCUGUCUCUGGAGCAGGGGUCUCCUCGCUGGCUUUUUCUCCAAUCUUCCAAUAUCUAGUUGGCUUGUAUGGAUGGCAAGGUGCCCUUUUGUUGCUGUCUGGGAUGUCUCUGAACUUGUUGGCGGCCGGAGCCUUGCUACGACCUUUGGUUUCAGAAGGAGACCAAAGCACCUCGGAAAAGUCCACCAAUUCCCAUUGGUUGGGGACACUUGCUUCUCUCUUUGCUCUGGAGCUGUUGCAUCAUGGACCCUUCAUGCGCUAUGUUUUGGUUUUUGUCCUGGUGGACACUGGAUAUUUUGUACCCUAUGCCCACCUGGUGGCCCAUGCAAGGGAGGUCGGGUGUGAUGAAUAUGAAGCUGCCUUCAUCAUGUCUGCCGCCGCUGUAGCGGACAUGUUUGGCCGCGUUUUUGCUGGCUGGCUUGCAGAUUCCAGAGUCUUUGGUCGCCUUGUUCACAGCCUGACCCUUUGGACCAUCCUCACAGGAUUCUCUCUUACUCUGCUGCCACUGGGACACAGCUUCUCUUCCCUGAUGCCCCUUGGCAUCGGCUACGGGGUCUUUGCCGGUGCCCUUGUCCCACUACAGUUCGCCAGUCUAGUGGAGAUCGUGGGCACUGGAUACCUCCUUGGAGCCAUUGGACUCAUGCACAUGCUGGAAAGUGUGGGGGCUUUGCUGGGAACCCCUCUUUCGGGAUGGCUGAGGGAUAUGACCGGGAAUUACACCGUCUCUUUCAUCACCUCUGGGGUUUUCCUCUUGGCUGGUGCCUUGGUCCUUUUUACAUUGCCAAACUACUUCUCUUGUUCCAAGCCAUUGGAAACCAGGACAAGGAGAGCCAUGCAACCUCAAGGCCAGGAGACCUUUGCAUUAACCAGAAUAACCGACCAGAAGAGAGACUUAUUCCAGGCUGAGAAAGAGACUUGUUAGCCAAUUCUGAAAGCUAUAGAUUCACUGCUAUAGAAGCUGAGCACCAGCCACCAUUGAGUAUUUGUCAGUAAAAAAAAGCAGAUGAGUCGGGUGAAAGGGAGAGAAACUGUGAGAAAUAGGAAACAGCUGUAGAUGUGCAGAGACCUGGCUGGAUUUUAGCAGAGCUUGGAAAAGCUAUUUUGAGGGACUACAAGUUCCAGAAUCCAUGAUGGUCAGGGAAUGUAGGAAGUUGUGGUCCAAAGGUUACAUCCCCUUACCUCUGGACAAUAGGUACUCCAUGGUACCACAUCUGGAUGCUUUACAGAAGAUUUUAAAUGGGACUUCCAGAUGUGUUGGACUAUAACUCCAUCAAGCAGAGGCUGACUUGGGUUGCAUGUUAAGGCAAUCCUUUCUAAAAAUUCACUUCUUUGCUCCUUGGCAAAAGGAGACUCAAUCUGUAAAUUGUAUAUACAGGAAAAGCCAAAGAGAGAGGUAUCUUUGUAAAGCACUAUGUAAAGCCUAUGGCGCUAUACAUGUAAUAAUAAUAAGUGUCUGAAAAGUCCAGUCAUAAAUAUUUUUCUUUCGUUAACUUCACUAAAAAAACUUGUAGAGAAAACAAAAUGGUAUUCGUGAACAGAAGAAGUUAUAGUAGUUUUAUGGAGGAGGCAGAACUGUAUGUUCUUUCACUUAUAUUGUGAAGAAUUAUCAAAUGCUUAACCCUUCUUCACAAAAAUGUAUAUCAGGUGAGUUUUUGUGGUGCUACCUGCCUUUGGAUGAGAAUUCUAAUGUACUGUGGAUUAAGGUUAGUGCAAUAGCUAUCUUAAAAUGCAGUUCCUCUAAUAAAGCCGUCAGUUUGUUUCUCCAAGCCAUUGGCAUCUUUGCUGUGUUGGGCAGACUGUGUGGUUGACAAGGUUUGCUUGGAUUAGCAUCAGGAGACAUAGCUACAGAGAUGUACUUACUAGAUAAAUAUAGGUAUCCUGAUGUGGUCUCU